CCGGCGGCGGGAGGAGCCGGGGCAGCUGGAGGCGCGCCGCGGAGGAAGGAAGCGCAGGGCUGGCCGCUGCGUGUGCAACCUGGCUGUUCCUGCUGCCCGCGUCCACUCGCGGCUUUUCCUGCCGGCGCUGCCUGACAGCCGCCCGCCGCGGGUCUUGUCGCCGGGUUCUUUGGCGGGGGGGUGAAGAGUGAGCCGUCCUAAACAACCCGGAGGCGUGAUUGAAAGCGAGCAAUAAUUAACUGGAGGAGGAAGAGGAGGAGGAGGACGGGGGUGGAGGAAGACGAAGGAGGAAGGCACCGCGCGGCAGAGCCCAGCUGAGCCGAGCCAGCGAGCGGCGCUGGGACGCGGCAACUUCGGCCGCAGCGGAGGAGCCGGAGCCCUGACCGCAGCGGCGGCCGCCGCCUCAGCCCGCGCCUGCCCUGCCCGAGGGGGAGAGCCCCGCCGCCUCCCCGGACAUGUCGGAGCAUAAGGCCGUCGAUCCCAAGUUAUCGACGACGGACAGGGUGGUGAAAGCUGUCCCGUUUCCUCCAAGUCACCGGCUCACAGCUAAGGAAGUGUUCGAUAAUGAUGGGAAACCCCGUGUGGAUAUCUUAAAGGCGCACCUUAUGAAAGAAGGAAGACUGGAAGAGAGCGUUGCUUUGAGAAUAAUAACAGAGGGAGCUUCAAUUCUCCGCCAGGAAAAGAAUUUGCUGGACAUAGAUGCACCAGUCACAGUUUGUGGAGACAUCCAUGGGCAGUUCUUUGACUUGAUGAAACUGUUUGAAGUGGGAGGUUCUCCUGCCAACACGCGGUAUCUCUUCCUGGGGGACUACGUGGACAGAGGGUACUUCAGCAUUGAAUGUGUGCUGUACUUGUGGGCCUUGAAAAUCCUUUACCCCAAAACACUGUUUUUACUUCGUGGGAAUCAUGAAUGUAGACAUUUAACAGAGUAUUUCACAUUUAAGCAAGAAUGUAAAAUCAAAUAUUCAGAACGAGUAUACGAUGCCUGCAUGGAUGCCUUUGACUGCCUUCCCUUGGCUGCUCUGAUGAACCAACAGUUCCUGUGUGUACACGGUGGUUUGUCUCCAGAGAUCAACACCUUAGAUGACAUCAGAAAAUUAGAUCGAUUCAAGGAACCACCUGCGUACGGCCCCAUGUGUGACAUCCUGUGGUCGGACCCGCUGGAGGACUUUGGGAACGAGAAGACUCAGGAACACUUUACUCACAACACAGUCAGGGGGUGCUCAUACUUCUACAGUUACCCUGCUGUGUGUGAAUUCCUACAGCACAAUAACUUGUUAUCUAUACUGCGAGCUCAUGAAGCCCAAGAUGCUGGGUAUCGUAUGUACAGGAAAAGCCAAACAACAGGCUUCCCUUCACUAAUCACAAUUUUUUCAGCACCAAACUAUCUAGAUGUAUACAAUAACAAAGCUGCAGUAUUGAAAUACGAGAACAACGUUAUGAACAUCAGGCAGUUUAACUGCUCCCCGCAUCCGUACUGGCUUCCAAACUUCAUGGAUGUGUUUACCUGGUCCUUGCCGUUUGUGGGUGAGAAAGUGACAGAGAUGCUGGUGAACGUGCUGAACAUCUGCUCAGACGAUGAGCUGGGGACAGAGGAAGAUGGGUUUGAUGGAGCAACAGCUGCCGCUCGAAAGGAGGUUAUAAGGAACAAGAUAAGAGCAAUAGGAAAAAUGGCGAGAGUUUUCUCAGUGUUAAGAGAAGAGAGUGAAAGCGUGCUGACGCUGAAGGGUUUGACUCCGACAGGAAUGCUGCCCAGCGGCGUGCUCUCUGGAGGAAAACAAACCCUGCAAAGCGCUAUCAAAGGAUUUUCACCCCAGCAUAAGAUCACUAGCUUCGAAGAGGCCAAAGGCUUAGAUCGAAUUAACGAGCGAAUGCCUCCGCGCAGAGACGUGCCAUCCGAUGCCAACCUUAACUCCAUCAACAAGGCAAUCUCCACAGAGACUAAUGGCACGGACAGCAACGGCAGUAAUAGCAGCAAUAUCCAGUGACCGCUGUCUGGGAGGGGGGUUGAGCUGCAGGGCGCCGUGGCAUUGCUGCCCAUCAGCAGUGGGAUGUUCUUGCCUCUGAUCAUAGCUUACUUGCUCUGGGGGCCAGGUGUUGGAUUCAGUUUACAAAAAAUAAAUAAAAAUCAAAAUAAUCCUC